UCGUCGCUUCCCGUAGCAGGAAAAAGCGCUUCAUUUCAGGCUUUUAGUUCUGUGCUUUUCUUUUCCUCCGCUCGGUUUUCACCACAAUGUCGGCCUCGGGCAACAUCGUCGCGAUGAAGAAAGUCGUACAGCAGCUGCGCUUCGAGGCGAACAUAAACAGAGUGAAGGUGUCUCAGGCUGCAGCCGAGCUUCAGCAGUUCUGUAUCCAGAACGCUCUUCAGGACCCUCUGCUCACCGGUGUCUCCUCAAGCACCAACCCCUUCAGGACACAGAAGCUUUGCUCUUUUGUCUGAUGUCCCACUGUGUGUAAAUGCCAUUGGUAUCUUUCCUGCUCCUGUGACAUUUCUGCUGGAGGAAAAGACUUAACCACUGCCAUAACCUGUACAAUAACCAGCAGCAGUCCAGAAUGGUUCUGCUACAAAACCAGUACCACGUUAUAAUGCCUUACAAACCAGGACUCAAAUGGAUUCCUUUCACUGGAUUCCUCAAUUCGGGUGCCCACAAAGAUGCAUUAAUUCGAACAGAAGUACAAUAAGAAUUUACGUGUAGUGGGUUUUGUACAUGUACAUUAAGUCGUUUGUGGUUCUGGCUUGGACAGCUCAGUGUUGAUAGGUGUCUUUAUAAAGACAUCAGACUAACAUGUCUGCCUUAAGAUGUGCUUUAGCGAUGCUUAAGUUUGGUGGAUAAAAGACUUUUUGUAUUUUUGUGGCACAGCAGUGGAACUCGGUAAUUUAUUGUGCCUUUUUUUUAACUAUGUGCUCUAUUUCUAUCUUGUCAGCCUUAGACUUUUUGUAACAAAUAAAACCUUGAUUUGUAUACA